GACACCCCCUGGUUUACACACUGAAGAUCCAGCCCCCCCGGAGCUGAUCUGAUCUGGCACCAUGUGUGACGAUGAAGAGACCACCGCCCUGGUGUGUGACAACGGCUCCGGCCUGGUGAAGGCUGGCUUCGCCGGGGAUGACGCGCCCCGCGCCGUCUUCCCCUCCAUCGUUGGUCGCCCACGUCACCAGGGCGUCAUGGUCGGAAUGGGACAGAAGGACUCCUACGUUGGGGAUGAAGCGCAGAGCAAAAGAGGCAUUCUGACCCUGAAGUAUCCCAUCGAACAUGGCAUCAUCACCAACUGGGACGACAUGGAAAAGAUCUGGCACCACUCCUUUUACAACGAGUUGCGGGUGGCCCCGGAGGAGCACCCCACCCUGCUGACAGAAGCCCCCCUCAACCCAAAGGCCAACCGAGAGAAAAUGACUCAGAUCAUGUUUGAGACUUUUAAUGUCCCCGCCAUGUACGUGGCCAUCCAGGCCGUGCUGUCCCUGUACGCCUCGGGACGAACCACAGGUAUUGUCCUGGACUCUGGUGACGGUGUGACCCACAACGUGCCCAUCUAUGAGGGUUACGCUCUUCCUCACGCCAUCAUGCGGCUGGACUUGGCCGGUCGUGACCUCACAGAUUACCUCAUGAAGAUCCUCACGGAACGGGGUUAUUCUUUCGUUACAACAGCUGAGAGAGAAAUCGUGCGUGACAUCAAGGAGAAGCUUUGCUACGUGGCUCUGGACUUUGAAAAUGAGAUGGCCACCGCCGCCUCCUCCUCCUCCCUGGAGAAGAGCUACGAGUUGCCCGACGGUCAGGUCAUCACCAUCGGAAAUGAGCGCUUCCGCUGCCCGGAGACCAUGUUCCAACCCUCAUUCAUCGGCAUGGAAUCUGCCGGCAUCCAUGAAACCACCUACAACAGCAUCAUGAAGUGCGACAUUGACAUCCGCAAGGACCUGUACGCCAACAACGUCCUCUCCGGGGGGACCACGAUGUACCCGGGCAUUGCUGACCGGAUGCAGAAGGAAAUCACCGCUUUGGCCCCCAGCACCAUGAAGAUCAAGAUCAUCGCUCCUCCUGAGAGGAAGUACUCUGUGUGGAUCGGCGGCUCCAUCCUCGCCUCUCUGUCCACCUUCCAGCAGAUGUGGAUCAGCAAGCAGGAGUAUGACGAGGCCGGACCUUCCAUCGUCCACAGGAAGUGCUUCUAAGCACAGAGCCCCUCAUCUCGGAGCCCCCCACCCCCCGCCCACGCACACACUGCAGCAAUGCACGUCUUGUCAAAAAGUCUUUGUUUACGCAAGAUCAAUUUGUAUACGUUUAUAAAUAAACCAGUGCUCGACCUAU